AUGUCAUUCAAUAGUCCAUUUGAUAACGAUAUCGAGAGAGUAGCAACAAACCAUUCGCACAAGUACAAAGACUAUCCAGAAUUUGAAGCACUUUCAACAAGUAUCGAUAAUCAAUUACAUUAUAUAAACCAUACACAACUAUCAUCUAUCAAACAACAACUAGCACAAUUUGAAAAAGAUCCCCUCGAUACAUCAAUAGCUGAGACAUUGAGUUCUAAUUUCAAAUCAACCACUGAAUCGUAUCGUAAAUUGAAUGACUUCGUUAAACGAUUAAACAAUACGAUAAAAUCUGUUGAAGAUGAUCAUGAAGAUGUUGAAAUUAUCAAUUAUUUAAAACAAAAGGAAAGUAUUCAAAUUAAAUUGAUUAGAGACAGUCUUGGGAAUUUCAAAAAUUAUCAACGUCGGUUUGAGUCUAAGCAAUCAAGCCAAUUGCCACCACCGGGUGGAGCAAAAGAGGGCAAUACCGGGGAUGAAGAGCAACAACAACUGCAACUGCAACUGCAACUGCAACUGCAACAACAACAGAUCCAAAUAACUUAUGAACCAGUCAAUGCCGAAGAAUUAGAACAACAAACACUCCUAAUCCAAGAACGAGAACGAGAGAUUCAUCAAAUUCAACAAGAUACACAAGAAAUCAACAACAUCUUUUCCAAUUUAUCAUCUAUAAUUAAUGAACAACAAUUUCAAGUGGAUAGUAUUGAAAACAAUAUAUUCACUUACAGCUCCAAUGCAAGACAAGCUUCGAAUGAAUUAAGAAGUGCUCAUCGAUAUCAAAAAAGAUCAAGUGGUACUUUGUUUUGUUGUUUAAUGAUUCUAAUGGGGGUUUUGGGGUUUAUAAUCUUGAUUGGGUUGAUAUUUUAG